AUGGAAACAUCUGCAGUCUCUGGUCAGCAAAGGGUGGAGACGUGGGACCUGAAAGAAGUGGAUAGCAGCGUCAAGGAAUUGACUCCUGCCGAAACGUUGGAUGCCACUGUAGACGAGAUUUCCCGUCAGCUAACAGAGAUAGUAUCAAUAGAAGAAGAAGCUGCCGCCCAACAUGCAAAUGGUGGAAAGACUCCACCGCGACAAACCAAGCUGGGAGAACUCUGUAUGGUGACCUGGGCCUAUGGAAUCCUCCGACCGCGUAGACGACCGCCGGGUUGGCUUCAGCCUCCACAAAUGGAUAGUCUGCACUCACUGGCAAAGAAACUGGGAGCGAAGUCUAGAAAGGACUUUCUUACAUUUGAAGAAUGGACCUUGAAUGACGAGGAUGACAUGUCAUGGAAGCAAAACGCUAAGGUGGAGAUUGAUUCGUCACAUAGCAAUCCCACCGAUGCCCUAUUUGAUACCAUCGCCGAAGCACUCUGCCGGCCAUCAUCUCAAAAUGAAACCAAUUUUGACGCGACAGCAUCCCUGCACGAUCCCCAGUUGGAACUCAUGCGUCUGUCGGAUUGUUCGUGGAGCGAGAUUGCCAAUCUCGCGUGGGCUUUUGAAAAGUGCGGAAGGAGUCUAUCCCCAGCAUCCGAAACACUGCUUCGUGCGCUGGCUCACGAAGCGGCAUGGCGGUUACGUACGGGAGGUGCGAAGACGCGAUCCAUGCUAAGUCGAGACAUCUCGCAAUUGAUCUGGGCUUUGGGGACACUGCAGCAAGACAAUUUUAGAUUGGCUCACGACUUGGUGAUACUUCUGGAUGACUUCUCGGCAUACAUGGGCUUUGAACUCAACGACGCCAACGCCAGAGACUCAAGACCAUUCAGGAGCUGGAGUAGUCCUGAUAUUGUACAAACCAUUCUGGCGCUUUCCCAUGCUAGAGUCGACGAUUCCCAACUUUUGCUUGCAUUAUUCGAAGAAGCACACAGCCGCUUGGACAGUGGUAUUUGUGCUUCGGACUCGCGACGGGAACACGGGCGCAAAACGUUCCUGGCGUGGGAAGUGUGUGUACUGCUUUGGGCGCAGGCUCGAUUGUACUUGACAGCCGCGGAGGGCGACGUCUACGAGCAAUUCCCUGGCGCAGCUGUGUCUAACAUUAUCGCCACCUCGUCUUCAACCAGCUUGAAUGAUAUUGGGAUUGGUCCCCAGGAGAAAGCGAAUAUUGCCUGGGCGCUGACUGUUUUAGAACAUCAUCAAUCUGGCGAAGCCAUCGAUCUCCUGCGAGCUACCUUUUACGACGCUGCUAAAGCUUGCAAGCAGGAGGGUUUGAUUCAACUGGAGCAUGCCCAUCAGCUGUGGCAAGCUCUGUUUCUCUUGGAGGAGGAGAGUCCAUCUGCAGUGAGCAAAGUCCCCAAAUGGUUCAGGCAGUUGUUGAGCGAUAAGUGGAACCUAGAAAAGUCGAGAAAGAAGAUCAGCAGUGCACGGCACAAGUCCAUCAGCCAAGUCUUGAAUUUGAUGGGAGUUGCACACUACAAUGAACACGACGAAGACAUUGAUGUGGCAAUCGUCUUGAAGAAGCAAGCCUCAUGGGCUCACCAGACGUAUGCCGAGGAAAGUUCCAGCGCAAUGAAAGUAGCUGUUGAGUUUGACGGACCCAACCAUUUCACUCGAACAAGGAUACCCCGGGGCGAGACCAUGGCAGCGCCAGUGCGAGCAUUGGGGCACACUGUGCUGAAGUAUCGGCUGCUAAAAAGGAAAGGGUGGACUGUCGUUCGAGUUCCAUUCUAUGAGUUUGACAAGAUUCCAUUUUGGGCGAGCAUGGAGAGACAACGGUACUUGCAAAGGUUGCUGAAGACUCAUGCAAACAUCAGAUUCAGUGACGUUGACAUCAGUGAUUAUAGCGCCAUGGCACCCAACCGAAAAACCCGUUUUGAUUGA